AUGCUGAAGCCUUUCAACCCUGAGGAUGAGGUUUCAACAGCUGAUGCUAGAAUUCAUGCCAAGGUUGCAGUCCUGAGAACCAUUCAACGAAUGUACUACAGUGCGGAGUUACAGAGUCUGCGUGAGAAAUUGACAACUCCAAGAUGCAGCAAAAUUCGUAAGUUAUGCCCAGAGAUCGACAAAGAUGGCUUACUUCGCGUCGGGGGAAGAUUGAACAACAGUCUGCUACCACAUGAGGGAAGACGACCAAUCAUACUGACAGGUGGAGAGCCAUUGGUCCGAAAACUCAUCCGCAGGAUCCAUUGGAUGGAAGGCCACGUCGGAAGAAAUCAUGUGGUUUCAUCACUGCGAGAACGAUACUGGGUCACGGGAGUCACAGUAGCUGUCAAGCAGGUUUUAAAGGAUUGCGUGUUAUGCAAGAAAUACCAAGCAAGACUCCAGACUCAGAAAAUGGGAAACCUACCUAUCGACAGAAUAUCUGCCACAAGAGCUUUCGAGAAUUCGGGAGUCGACUACUUCGGACCGUUGGAGGUGAAGAUAUCAGGUCGUUUGUACAAACGGUACGGAGUACUCUUUUCAUGCAACUAUACUAGAGCCAUUCACUUGGAGCUGACUCGAAAGUUGGACACUCAGUCGUGUCUCUUGGCAAUCAGCCAUUUCACGAACCGCCGGGGGAGACCAAGGAAACUCAGAUCCGAUAAUGGAAGUAAUUUGAUUGGAGCUUCCAAGGAGCUGAAACAGGACUUACUUAAAUUGAACAAGGAGUUGCGGCUCCAAGAAAAACUAGCAAAGGAGGAGAUUGACUGGGAAUUUAACCCCCCUCUUGCAAGUCACUUUGGAGGACACUAUGAACGGCAGAUAAGAUCGGUCAGAAAGAUUCUAUAUGGACUAAUGAACAAACAACGAUUGGAUGAGGAGGAGAUGCAGACAGUUAUGGUGAAAGCAGAGUGGAUCAUGAAUAGCAGACCACUAACCGCAUGCAGCGCUGCUGACACUUCGGUCGUCGCAAUAACUCCGAAUCAUUUAAUGGGAUUGAACACGGUGGAAACAGACACUAGUGUAACUGAGGAAAGUGACAUGUACCGAGGAAGAUGGAAACGCGUGAAUUACGUGACUGACCAAAUCUGGAAGCAGUUUAACAAACUGUAUGUUUUAUCAUUGCAGGAGCGAAACAAGUGGCAGGAUGCAAAAUCAGACCUGCAACAGGACGAUAUCGUUGUGCUACAGGACACUUCAGUUGGUAGAGCCUAUUGGCCAGUUGGUAGGAUCGUGAACAUUCACAAAGGAAGUGACGGUCAUGUUAGAUCAUGUGAAGUUCGCACUCAGAAUGGAACCUACCGUAGACCAAUCACCAAGUUAGCCAAACUGCUGGAAGCAGAGGACUAA